CGACUAUUGCCCGAGAAUAACAGUAUUAUACCGAGUAUAUAUAAGUAAUGCAAUUUUAACGAAUUUUAACACGGUUAUCAACUAACUUUGGUCUAAUAUAAGGUAUACGCGUCUGUUAUUUAAUGGGAUAGUCCAACUGUUAAAUGUACAUAUAGUGUAUACACAACGCUCCGGACUAGUCGGAAAACUUUGAGUUGGGACAACGGCCGGUGCUCGUAUUUAUUUGACGUAAACAGUUUUCUGUCCGAGAGCAGAAUGUAGUUUAAAUACCUUUACAAUCUGUGUACUGUGCUGGUACAGAGAAGAUCCUCAACAUCAUUAUGGAUCACCAUGAGAUGUUGAACAUAUCAGAUGGGAACUCUGCACACCACUCGGUCCUUACAGUAACUGAACCGGUGGUUAUGGAUGCUUUAGGACCCACAGUGAAGAGUGAACAAGGAGAAGCACUCAUCUCUACGACUACAGCUGCCACCCUUCUCCCAGAACAUGGAGGAUUGGUUCUGGUCGAAACAUCACGAGGGAAUCUGCUGCUGUCAGUGAAUGGUGAUACACUGGGUACUGUUAGCUACACAGAUGCUGACAUACAGGGGAGACAAAUCCUGACAACAGCAUUACCAAUGACAGGGAUUCUAACACAGAGUGGCUUGGUUGAGUCCCAGGGAACUACUCUGCUCAUCAACCAACCACCUACACCAGGAGAGGGAGUCGCUGUUUGUGAGGGCACAUAUGACACGUCAGUAAACACACUCCAGACUGACCAACUCCUGACCUCUAAGUCCACACAUCCCAGUACUUCACCCAGUAGUGACCAGUCAGCAGAAAAGAAAAGGAGAGGUGGUUGGCCAAAGGGAAAGCGACGCAAACCUGCUCCUGACUUCAACACUCCUCGGGCACCUGCUUCUGGGUAUUUGCUGUAUGCUAUAGAGCGUCGACACGAGAUCAAGGGGAGUAAUCCAGAAAUACCAUUUUCGGAGGUGACCAAGAUUCUGGGCCAGGAAUGGUCUAACAUGCUGGCAGAGAAAAAACAGAAAUACCUGGACGAGGCAGACAAUGAUAAGAAAAGAUACAAAGAAGAACUGAAGACUUACCAAAGCACAGUCAAGAAAAAGAAAAUGAAGGCUGGCAUCAGAGGAGAAGAUGGUGGCUGGGAGACGGAGGAAAACUACUCUCAACUGAUGUCUGUAGACAUGGAGGAGGAUGGCCUGAAUGAUCUGUACUGCAGAAUCUGUGACAAGUACUUCAGCUCACUACACAACAAAAAGGAACACAUGUUAGGGCGACAACACGUUCAGAACAUGGCAGGUGAGAUGCAGAAAGAGAUGAUCAGUGCUUCUCAACCUUCGACUCUAUCACCCACACAAAGAACCGUCCCACCUGAUCUGGGUACUGACAGUAACCAUUCAGAUGGCCUCCCAGUAGGUGAAAAGGAGUCUCCACCCCUAGAUAUUGGCGGGUUUAUACAGAACUUUAUACAAGACAAUUAUGAACGGGAUCUUGAAUUACAAGAAAUAAGAAAAUCUUUAAAAAAUAUGCAAGAAGAAAACCUUUCUCUUUAUAAGCAAAUAAAUGAAUUGAAGAUCUACCAGACUAAGUUGGAGGACGAUAUGGCCAAUAAUAAGGCUAUCAGUGCUAACCUCUCCUCUCAGACAGACACUCUUAAAAUGGUGCUGACACUCUUUGGCGUCAUCAACUUCCAGGGCUGAUGACUUUACUCAUGUCAUCAACUUCCCGGGCUGAUGACUUUACUCAUGUCAUCAGCUUCCAGGGCUGAUGACUUUACUCAUGUCAUCAACUGCUUGGGCUGAUGAUUUUAUACUAGAAGAUGUCACUGAAUUCCCAGGAUGGUGAUUGGUGAAUUGAAGAGGAUUUUUUGUUUUUUCUUGUGUCAUCAGUUUCCAUGUCACAUUUUCUGUGAGGGAGAUCAUUGGCAACUUACUAUUUUCAGUGUAUUUCUGUAUCUUCUGUAAAUGCUGUUGACAUCAGUUUCCCAAAAACUGUCGUAUUUUGUCGUUCAAUGUCAUCAAUGUUCCAGCUGAAUCUGAAUAUGCCGACACCAUCCGAUGUUUUGGAUUUAUUCAGAUACAACUGAGAAAAAACUGGUAAGUUGCCAAUGAUCUCAUGCACUCUAUGAAUCUAACCGUGUAAAUUGUUUUGUUUCUCUUAAAGAAAAAUACAACAUGAUAUUUAAUGGCCAAGGCAUUGUGAUAUUGAUAAAAAUAGAGCACAUCUUUUAUUAUCAAUUUCUUAUCAGUUAUAGCGAGAUGUAUUAGUUAAAAUGAUGAUAAUGUUAACAGAUCUAAUUGGCCAAACCAUAGUGUGAUAACCUCAGAAGUAAUCAGGUCUGCUUUGGGAUAAAACACGGGAAGAGUUUUGUUUUGUAUGCAUAUAUGAACGAUAUGUGUUAAUAUCCAUGUAUUGAAAAGAACAAACAGGAAUGAAUAAAUAAUUAUGAAAAGAAUGAGUGGAUGAAUAUAAUUAUAUAAACGAAUGUAUGAAUGAACAUAAAUAUUUAAAUGAUUAAAGGUGAAAUAAUGAAUACCAUUAUGAAUGAUUGGAAAUGGCUGCAUGACCAGAUGGAUAGAUGAAUUACAUACUUAUAUGUAAAUGGAUGGCUGAAAAAAUGGUAUAGGAAAUGAAAAUGGUUUAUGUAUCUAUUUAAGUUUGAAUGAGUUGUUGUCUUGAUGUAAUAAAAUCUAUU